AUUGGAUUUGCAUCGCAAGUUCGAAUAAGCGGGCGCACACAGACAAGAUGAACGAGCUGGAAAUCCGUUAGAAAAAGGCUAAUCCACUACGAGAGACGCAUUAGUCAACUUCUUUAAAUUCAGAGUUGCUUGGCACUUAGCAGUUGAUCCGAAACUUGAAGAACGAAAAACAGAAAAAAAAAAAAAAAAACAUUCUGCACAAUCUAAAUGAAAACCAAAGCGGUUAAGGGAAAUUGGAGUUUGAGGACGAACAAGUUCGGCUUACCUUCUGUCUUCCUUUUUUGCAUCUUCUUCUUUCUCGCUGGAUUCUUUGUUUCCACUCUCUUCUCUCACUCUCAGGAACAUGAAUAUGACCUGAGGCUGAUGGCGAGACCGAGAGCGAGAUUACUUGAAAAAUCGACGAAGGAGCAGACAGAGUACGAUUUGUUGCAAACUGGAGAUUCCGGUGACGAUUUUAUUACAUUGAUUCCUUUCCAGGUUUUGAGCUGGUACCCUCGCGCUCUGUAUUUUCCUAAUUUUGCAAGCACGGAACAAUGUGAACGCAUAGUUGAUAUGGCAAAGAGAGGACUCAAACCAUCAACUUUGGCGUUACGCAAGGGAGAAACGGAAGAGAAUACGAAGGGAAUCAGAACAAGCUCUGGUGUGUUCAUAAGUGCUUCUGAGGAUAAAACAGGAGUUUUAGAUGCCAUUGAGGAGAAAAUUGCCAAAGCAACAAAAAUUCCGAGUACUCAUGGAGAGGCAUUUAAUAUCCUCCGCUAUGAGGUUGGACAGAGAUACAAUUCUCAUUAUGAUGCAUUCAAUCCUACUGAAUAUGGCCCACAAAAGAGUCAAAGGUUGGCUUCCUUUUUGCUGUAUUUAACUGAUGUUCCGGAAGGUGGGAAGACCAUGUUUCCGUUUGAGAAUGGCUUGAACAUGGACGGUAGCUAUGGUUACGAGGACUGUAUUGGUUUGAGAGUAAGGCCACGCAAGGGGGAUGGACUUCUAUUUUAUUCAUUAUUCCCUAAUGGUACAAUUGAUCCGACAUCGCUCCACGGAAGCUGCCCCGUGCUAAAAGGGGAGAAGUGGGUGGCUACAAAGUGGAUAAGGGAUCAAGUACAGAACGAUUAGAUAAAUGUUACCAGCAAUUUAUUUUCAAAUUCUUACAACGACAAUAGUAUUUAUGCCAUUUUAGUGGUCAUUAAGAAUUUUGUGGUACAGUAGAUGUACAUCGUCAGGUGAAUAAUCCGGGCUAAACUUUGAUGAGUUGCAGAAAUUUUAAAGCAAGAUUGCAUAUUGCACGUUAAGAAAGUAUGCCAUUCAAUCACAAUCAAUAAACAUUUUAACGAGUGCCGUCAUCCAUAAGUCAAUUGGCAAAAAUAAUUUCGACUAAAUGUUUUAACACCAUCUUAAUCUCUAAAACCCAUCUUUGCAUUUCAAAAUAAAAAUGGGUUUUCAAUGCUGUACAUUGAUUUCAUCUAUAGAAAAAUGCUCACAAUACUGACUCUAACAUUGUUCCACUAAAUGAUAAAUGAGAUUUAUUGAAUAAGAAAGACGCCUAUCCUUUAAAAGGUUCCACGUUGCAUGAAUUUUAUCUGAUAGUAAAGUGUAUUGAAAGAAUGCAAUUCUCUUCAUGAGGUAAAUAAUUUGUUCAGCUUAAAUUCCAGUUAGAUAGCAAGUCUUUGUGAUUAUGAUGCGAUAAAUUUAAAACCUUUUAAAGGUUUUUAAUUUUUAAUUUUUGACUACUCAUUCUUCCUUGUGAAUAAUGAAACACAAAAGCAGCUUUAAGGGAUGGUCAUAUUGGUUUCAAGAUUGGACGAAAGUUGGAGCAUUGGCCAAUAAGAUAAAUUUUGUCCACAUUUCGGACAAUAUGAUGAUAGUGAAAAUUUUGUGGGAUGGAGCCAAUUGAGACUUCAUAAGAAUGGCUACACUAAUACCUGAUCAAGUGGGCCGCAUUAUAUCGAAUUUGUUAAGACCUAUAGGAGGUGAAGAUACGUGGACCUGGACGAGUAGCACAAACAAAGCUUAUAUAGCUUGUGGGGGCUAUACGUGGUUGAGAUGGCAGCAGGGUGCCGAGCUUAAUAGCAAUGAAUGGAAAGCUCUUUAGCAAGCAGGAUACCGAGCUUAAUAGCAACGAAUGGAAAGCUCUUUGGAAGUUGUCAAUUGAGAAAAAGGUGAAGUACUUCUUAUGGUUAGUUCAUUGGAAAGCUCUUCCAACUAAUUAUCUACGUUGGAUUAGAGGGCUUAGUGACAUCAAUCAUUGUCUUAAAAAUUGUCCAUUGACAAUGAAAGUUUGGUUAAGGAUUGGGAUUUUGAACUUUAUUCUAUUCUUUCAAGCUAACUUUAUUGGUUGGAUCACGCUCUUAUUCAAAGAAGAGAUGCUAUCCACUAUUGUGCUAUUAUGUGGAAUUUGUGGUUGUGGCACAAUAAUCUUGUCUUUGAGAAUGAAAUUUAGAGUAUCCAACACGUACUUGAUCGCAUUCAUAAUGCCAAAGAUAGUUGGUCUCACCUAGACUUUAAUAAUAUGCAUGGGCGUUUCGUCUUGUUUCAUAUGAUCAAAUGGGAGCCCACAUAUUUGAGAUAAGCAAGAAGAUUAGUUAGUUAGUUUUUCGUCUUGAGAGGGGCAUGAAGAGCCACACUUAGCAGAGUUAUAUGCCAUUUAGAGAGGAAUCCAACUAGCUCAUGAGGAGGGAUAUCAAUGUGUUAUCCUUGAAUCAUACUGCCAAAAUAUGAUCAGUUAUGGGGAAUUACAAUCAAACCGGCACGUUAGAAGAGAGAAUUAAGAGGUGCAUUCACAAUCUUUUACCUAUGUUCAACCAUGUGCUUCUUUGUCAUACUAACAAGGAAUCCAAUACUAUUGUGGACAGGCUUACUGCCCUUGCACUGUCAAAACUCCAGGUUAUGCAGGUCAGAAGGUCCUGUCCUUCUGAGGAGCACCGUUUGUUCCUAGUUGAUAAGUUAACUAGUAGUUAGUCUUUCUUAUUUUAUUUCUUGUG